AGGACGGAGCUGGGAGGCAGAGAGCUGUGGGACACAGCAAAGCCCCCGGGGUGACGAGCCAGUGAGGAGCCCCGCGCUGCCAACCGCCCCGUUACCCUGGCCCCAGUGACUCAGGAAGUGCCCCCCUAAGAGGAGAAGGGCUUGGGGGGGGUCACUGGCGCCCACCCAAGGGCGCAGAAAUCAGCUUAGGAAACUUGCAGCGAGGGAGAGAAGCCGCGGGAUUCACGCCCUGCGAGAGCUCCGGGCUGUUCUUCCAGAUGAGGGAACAGAGGCACAGAGCGCUGAGAGAAUUCGCUUUCAAGGGAGCAUGGAGGGUUCUGCAGAGAGAUCUUAGAGCUCCUUCACUUCAGCCUCAGUUUCUUCAUCUGGAAAAUGGGCACACCGGAGGCUCCAGGAAGAGGAUGUGGGGAAGGGGGAUUUUUCUGUCCUGCACAGGUCACGGACUCCUCUGCCUUGUGUUUCAGGAGAUAUUUGGUUACCAGACGGAAGGCUGCCGGAGGACCCUCUGCAUCGUGGGCUACGUGUUUUCCUGUGGGAUCCUGCCCUUGGUAUUUUACUGGCGCCCGGCCUGGAGCGUGUGGGCCCACUGCGUCCCGUGCACCCUGAGAGAAGCCGACGUCGUCCUCCUCAGGACCACGGAUGAAUUUCAAAUAUAUUCUCGAAAAAAGGUCACAUGGAUCAACCUGUCCUCCCUGAAGGGCUCAGUCAGCCUCACGCCGGACCACCCCCUCAUCGCCGACGAGGAUUAUGUCAUCAACCGGGCCAUCCUCAGGCCCGAGUUAAAGGUGAGGUGCAUUCAGGUGCAGAAGAUCAGGUAUGUUUGGAACAACUCGGAAGAGCAGUUCCAGAAGGUUGGGUGCCUGGAGGACAACUUCUCGGCUGCUAAGAUACACCUGAAGUUUGGGUCAGGCCUGAGCAGAGAAGAGCAAGAGAUCCGGAGGCUGAUAUGUGGCCCCAAUGCCAUCGACGUGGAGAUCACGCCCAUCUGGAAACUUCUCAUCAAGGAGGUUCUCAAUCCAUUCUACGUGUUCCAACUCUUCAGUGUCUGCCUGUGGUUCAGUGAAGACUAUAAGGAAUACGCUGUUGCCAUCAUCAUAAUGUCCAUCAUCUCCAUCACCUUAACGGUGUAUGACCUUCGCGAGCAAUCCAUAAAGCUCCACCGGUUAGUUGAAUCUCAUAAUAGCGUCCUGGUCACUGUGUGCAGGAAAAAAGCAGGUACCCAAGAGUUAGAGUCCCGCCACUUGGUCCCUGGAGAUUUGUUAUCAUUGAGUGGGAACAAAAUGCAGCUACCAUGUGAUGCCAUUCUCAUUGAUGGAGGAUGCGUUGUGAACGAAAGCAUGCUGACAGGGGAGAGCAUUCCCGUCAUCAAAACAGCCUUGCCCAGGGUGGGGGACACGGUGCCCUGGAAGCUGCAUGGGGAAGAGGACUACAAGAGGCACGUUCUCUUCUGCGGCACCGAGGUCAUCCAGACCAAGUCGGCCGGCCCGGGAGCAGUGCGGGCCGUCGUCCUGCAGACCGGGUUCAACACCGCCAAAGGGGACCUGGUGAGGUCCAUCCUCUACCCGAAGCCCAUGAACUUCCAGCUCUACAGAGACGCCGUCAGGUUCCUCCUGUGCCUCAUCGGGACCGCCACCAUCGGCAUGGUCUACACCAUUUGCGUUUACGUGCUCAGCGGCGAGCCGGCAGAGGAUGUGGUGAAGAAGGCUUUAGAUGUGAUCACCAUAGCGGUCCCCCCCGCGCUGCCGGCCGCCCUGACGACGGGGAUCAUCUAUGCUCAGCGGAGGCUGAAAAAAAACGGCAUCUUCUGCAUCAGCCCCCAGAGGAUCAACAUCUGUGGCCAGCUCAACCUCAUCUGCUUCGACAAGACUGGCACCUUAACCAAGGAUGGCUUGGAUCUCUGGGGUGUGGUCCCUUCGGAUAGGAAUGGUUUCCAGGAGGUCCACAGCUUCUCCUCUGGCAGCGCUCUGCCCUGGGGGCCCCUCUGUGGAGCCAUGGCCAGCUGCCACUCCCUCAUCGUUCUGGAUGGGACCAUCCAAGGAGACCCUCUCGACAUCAAGAUGUUUGAAGCCACCAACUGGGAAAUGGAAAACUCUGGGAAAGAUUUCCACAUCCAAGGAGUCCCAACACAAGCCAUGAUUGUCAAGCCAAGCCAAAAGACCUGCCACAUCCCAGUGGGCGGGAUCGCCAUCCUGCACCAGUACCCCUUCUCGUCGGCCCUGCAGAGGAUGUCAGUCAUCGUGCAGGAGGUGGACGGGGACCGGAUGGCCUUCAUGAAGGGGGCACCAGAAAGGGUGGUUAGCUUUUGCCAGCCCGACACCGUACCGAGUAACUUUGCUGGUGAACUCCAGAAUUACACCACGCAGGGCUUCCGGGUUAUUGGGCUGGCUUACAAAAGGCUGGAGAGCAACGGCCAUAUCGCGGCCUUGACAAGGGAGAAGGUGGAGUCGGACCUGACGUUCCUGGGACUUCUGAUCCUGGAGAAUCGUCUGAAGGAAGAGACCAAGCCGGUCUUGGAGGAGCUCAUUUCGGCCCACAUCCGGCCAGUGAUGGUCACAGGGGACAACCUGCAGACCGCGGUCACGGUGGCCAGGAAGUCGGGGAUGAUCGCCGAAAGCCUUAGAGUCAUUCUCCUCGAAGCCAAGGAGGCCGAGGGGCCCUCACCAGCCUCGGUCACUUGGAGGCUGCUGGAAGACCGAAAGCACGCUGGCUAUGGGGACCGGGACAGUUACAUUAACAUUGGAGAAGAUGCCAGCAGACCUGAAGAUGAAGGAGGAAGCUAUCACUUUGCCAUGACUGGGAAAUCCUAUCAGGUGCUAAGUCAACAUUUCAACAGUCUGCUCCCCAAAGUCCUGAUGAACGCCACGGUUUUUGCCAGAAUGUCUCCUGGGCAGAAAUCCAGUCUGAUUGAAGAGUUUCAGAAGCUGGAUUACUUUGUAGGUAUGUGUGGCGAUGGAGCCAAUGACUGCGGGGCUUUGAAAAUGGCUCAUGCGGGCAUUUCCCUGUCUGAACAAGAGGCCUCCGUGGCUUCCCCAUUCACCUCCAAAGCCCCGAAUAUAGAAUGCGUGCCCCACCUCAUCAAGGAAGGACGUGCGGCACUGGUCACCUCGUUCUGUAUGUUUAAAUACAUGGCUCUGUACAGCAUGAUUCAGUACAUCGGUGUGCUCCUGCUUUACUGGAAAACAAACAGCCUUUCAAAUUACCAGUUUCUGUUCCAGGAUCUAGCCAUCACUACCAUCAUUGGGAUAACAAUGAGUCUGAACGGUGCCUACCCCAAGCUCGUUCCUUACAGACCCCCUGGCAGGCUGGUCUCCCCUCCUCUGCUCUUCUCUGUGCUCCUCAAUGUGCUCUUCAGUCUGGUCAUGCACAUGCUGGGUUUCAUUCUUGUUCGGAAGCAGCCCUGGUACUCUGCCACCGAUGUCUUCAGUGCCUGCUCCCCACCAAAGGGAAACUUUUCCAGAAGCACUGCUUUACCCAUGUUACCAGGGAAGCUUGGCCCUGACAGCUUCAUGAGUUACGAGAACACCACAAUCUGGUUCUUGGGGACCAUCAACUGCAUCAUUGUCGCGUUGGUGUUUUCCAAAGGAAAGCCAUUCAGACAGCCCAUUUACACCAACUAUAUCUUUGUCCUCGUGUUGGGAAUUCAGAUGGGGGCAUGUAUCUUCCUUCUGUUUGCGAAUAUUCCUGAUCUCUACCAGCGGAUGGAUCUCGUCUGCACACCCACCCUUUGGAGGGUCUAUCUGAUCGUCAUGCUCGCUGUCAAUCUGAUUCUGUCCUUGGUUGUGGAGGAGGCCAUCAUUGAAAAUCGAGCCCUCUGGCUGAUCAUCAAGAGAAGUUUUGGAUAUCAGUCUAAAAGCCAGUAUAGAAAAUGGCAGAGCAUGGUGGCCAACGAACCGGCCUGGCCCCCCCUCAAUCAGACUUUCUAUUCUGACCAGCCCAACAAUGCCAGAGGAGUAUCUUACAGCAACCCUGUGUUUGAGAGCCACGAAGAGAGUCCCUGAAGGAUAUAUCCUGGGGGUCUGAGGUCUAAAUGGCCUGCCAAGGAAGAAAGGGACAGAAGGGCUUCCGGAACUUUGGGGUCCCAGGAAGCUCCUUCUAAUGGCAACCAGAGAUUUUGAUGAACAAAUCAAAUUAUGAUCAUAAAUUAAAGACUUUUUG